AUGCUUGACUCUUCGCCGCUGGCGCCGCCAGCGUCGAACCCCCUCAAGCGCUCUGCUUCCACCGCUUCGUUGCCAACGCCACCACGGACGCGUCGUAGACGCAGAGUUCGACUUGCCUCUAACAACAGGACAGACAGCGGUUCCGAUGGCGCUGGAGGAAACUCGUCCGACGAGGACACGCUGAGGGUGCCAGGAAAUCUUCACAAGAAACGCAAGAUCAGUGCCAUCCCGGAAGUGGAGGAAGAGGAUGAAUUCUGGAUGGGGGCAGAUCGUUCAAACACUUUGUCGACAGAAGCCUCUUCAAGUGCCAAAGAUAGGGCUGAUGAGAGCCCCUUGUCGUCACCCAUACCUAUCUUAUCCCGGAGGAAGCAGGCUGCCACUAGUCUCGGAUCAGCACCAGUAUCCCCUCCUCCAUCCCGUCGAGUCACAAGAACCGUCACGUCAAAAGUCUCAGACACACCAGUCUUGACUACUGUUACAGAAUCGCCGCACGUUGACACCCCAUCCACCGCCUCGCCCCCGGUGACUCCAGAUAACAAGCUGAAGGGCAAAACACGGCGAUUCAAGCCCUCGCUGAUGGACUCGCCUGACAACCCAUUCGUGGAUAGCGGCGCAGGCUCUGAUGUCGAUGAACAAGACUCUCCCGAUUUCGAACUUCGGACUCCACCCGCAGAGAGACCGACACUCACAUACGUUUUUCGGGGUGUCAAGACGCGAUUCUUAAAUCCACUCUAUGAUCACGCCAAUAACAGACCUUUGCCCCCCGAUCCUGAUAGUCUCCUCCCAGUUGAACAUCCUGACUAUACUGGCGACCUCACCUGUCCUCCGAAAUUACUCUUCCCUCAGGCACGUCGUAGCCACACCCGAGCGCAUCACAAACGUACUCCGCCCCCGAAGAUUCAUGACGAUUUCAGCGACGAUGAAACCAAUGACCUCGCCUCUAGACUCGAGCUACCACACGGUUUUGAUGCCCUUGAGGGCGGAGGUUUACGACGGAGUCCUAGAAUAGGAGCUAAAACUGCUGGCACCACUGGCCCCGAGCUUUGA